AUUUAAUCUCCGGUUAAGUUCAAAGUUGGUGUCAAAUGAUUGUUUAUCAAAAUCUAAGAUAGGAGUGUGAAAUCGGUUUUCCUCUGAAAUUAACCAAUUAGGUUUUACAGCCUGUCAAAGUUGCAAAAAGUCAAUUUUCAACUGUCAAUAUUUCCAAAACAGUUGAACUUAGGUAUAGGGUAUAUCACAUGAAAUCUGCUCAGAAUUUUAUGUAGAAUCCAAAUAUGCAAUUUAAUACGGGGUGUUCUAUUUUAAAUAGUGAUGUUGCCACAAGUUUGGAGUAGAAGCGGCAACACCGCACGGUCAAAAAUAUUUUUAAAGUGUAGAUCAUGGUCGUUUAUCCCGGUUGCCAAAUUUUCAAAAUGAUUCGCUUUUUAGUUCUCCAUAAACGUCUAAUACGCCAUCCACCGUGCGACACCCUGUAUACAACACACAACUGAAAUAGGCGUUCUUCUUUGUGAUUUUCAAACGUGUCAAUUGCUUUAAAUAAAUAAUGAGAAUAAAAGUCCUUGUGAAUCAUAAUGCUUACAGCCCUGUACCCUGCUUUUCUACAAAAUAUGUCCAAAAGAACAUAAUUGAAGACCUUGGCAGAAGAAGGGGAUAUGCCCAAAAAGUUAGUUUUGAGAAAAAUGCAUUUUAAAUAUCCAAUCAAAUCCUGAAAUCAUGAUUUUAACUGUACAAAAUUGAAACAAUCGUCAUAUCAUGACAAAAUUAUUUACUUUUGAACACAUUAAUAAAACAAACUUAAAAUUCAAUUUUUUUUUUAAUAAACCGGUUUUUCUAUAAAAAAAAGUGGCUUAUCUUUUUCUUGCCUUAAAAAUAAAAACAUUUCUGAUUUUGCCAAAACAGAAACCUUUAAAGAAAACAAAAUAGAAAAAAUACAAAAACAUGAAUCAUUCUUACGAACUUAUCUAAUUUUUCUAAAGUAAGAAAAUGUACAAUGUGCAUUACUCAUAAGCGUCGCCGUCAUCGUCGCUCUUGUUUUCUUGAUCACUGUCAACAUCAAGGUCCUCAACAUUUUCCUCCGAAUUCGGAUGUUCAACAACAUUACAUGCUCCAAUCUCUUGAUAAAAAUGAAUAUAUGCCGGUGGAAUAAAUUUUACUAGCUCAGAAAGAUUAGAUAUCUUUUUUUCAUUAAAAGGAAGCAGUUCUUUAUAUUUCCUUUUCAAAUCAGUCAAAGAAAUAUUAUUUCUCAUUCCUCUUUUUUUCAUUGUGACACUUCUAAAAUCUUCGUUAAUGACAUGUUUAAUGAACAUUUUAUUUGGAUCUUCUUGGCAUAACUUGAAAUGGCUAACCUGACUAAAUUUUAGUUUUUCCUUGUCAUCCAAAACACUUUUCUUAACAAUUUGAUUUUGUAAAUCUUUAAAUGAUAAAAUAUCCUCUUGCUUAAUAACAGUCACAACAAACGGAUUUGUUCUUUUUGCUUUUUUGACAGCUUGAUACCAAUCAUUCGGUUCAUAAACUUGUUUCAUGCCUUUUUUGUAUUUUUCUAUUAAUGCAAAAUCUCGAUCACAAGGAAGGUGAGUAUGCCCCACCACCAAAAAUCGAUGCUCAACUGAUUUAAACCAUCCAUCUAUUACCAGUUGCUGCCACAAGCACAUAAUAGUCCAGUUUUUGUUUUGCCCGGAACAGUUAUCAGUAUAAACUAUAAGAUUUUUGUUACUCCCUCUAGUCGUAUUUUCUCGCAAAUGUUUAUACACUAUGCUUGCUAUUUCAUCGCUACCUCUCUUGGCAACAUUUUCUGGCCACAUGUACAUGUAACCUUUGCCUGUGACACAAUCAUGAAUCCCUAGAUUGUAUACCCAGGCUUUACGUAGAUAAAAAGCAGGCCCUACUGUUAAAUUUGGGACAGGCAAUGCUUGCUGUAAGUCAAAUGACAAAAGUAUCUCCGUUAGUUUUUGCGUUUUCUAUUUCCGUUUUCAAACUGUGCUGCAUGGCUUCUGCCCUCCUUUGAUGAAGUUCUAAUUUUACUUUAUUCCGAUUUAUUUCUUGCGCAUCGGCAGAGGGAUCGUCAAUUUUAAUUCUGAGCAUAUCACAGGUACUACAGGUGUCACUUUUUGGUAGUCUGAAGCCAAUAUUAUAUUCCGUACAGAAAAUGCGUCUAUACUUAUCCUCGGAUACAGGUGUCAGUCCACGUUCCUCACACCAGUCAAUGAAAUAGUCUUUGUAAAGUUUCGAAAUAUUUAAAUCGUGGUCAAUAAAAACUUUUCCUGGAUUUUCUUGUCUACUAUAGUGACUGGUAUAUUUUGGAAUAGCUUCUAUGUGAUUUCUCACCGAUUCGAGACGCUCAUCGGAAGUUUUGUUUGGUCUAUUUUUGUGAAUACCACGUUUAUCUUUUUCAGGUGUUACUAACCCUCCACUGGACAAAGUUUUGUAGAGUAAUUCGAUCCUUCUUUUGCUUUUCUGGAGGCCAUGAACAGAGAGAAACUCUUUUUUGCAUAUCUUAACUUGCUCCCCAUUUACUUUGACAAAAUAUUCAACUGAUAUGUUUCUCGAAGAGGCUUGAUUUUUUGUUUUCUUUGGAUAGGAUCGUUUUUUAGGCAAGGCUUUCAUGCAAGCGUAUAAAUAAAUAUUUUGCUUAUUGUAGUCACCCAGGUCCCAAAAUGAUUUAAAAAUACUCAUUUCGCUUCCCCUCAGUAAUUCGCGGCAUUUUUUUUUGCACGAACAUGUUGCUCCCAACCCAACUCUCUGGCACUUAUUUCAUUUCCUUUCGAGCUCUUGUAACUGUACCCUAAAUUUUUUCUUAUUUUUGAUUUGUCCUUUUUUCUCCAUUCUUUUCUAGAUUUCUUCCACCUGGAGGGUGUCGCCUUUUCUGGAGUUGGUAGUGUUCCCCUUGAGGUUGUUGGAACAGGUGCAGGGUUUGUUGGGGCGGGUGCUGGGGCUGUUGGAACACGUGCUGGUAUUGUUGAAGCAAGUUUUGGUGUAGUUGUUGGAAUAGGUGCUUCUACGGUAUGAUCAUCUUCCUGCAAAAUUCAUGAAAUUCUGCAAUGAAAAAGCCACAAAAAAACGUGAAAUAUUGGCCAGGCAAAAAGGGGAUAAGCCAUUUUUAAUUUUUUUCGAGUGCUUAAAAUGAAGAUUGUAAAAUUUUCAUUCGAAAAGUAUAAGAAACUAAAGUUCUGUAAUAUUAUAGUAAAGAAAAAACUUGCUUAAAUUGUCUAUGUUUUCAGAAAAAACCAACCAAAAAAAUCAAAAGAUAUGCCACAAAAAAUACGCCAAAAAGGAGAUAAGCCACAUUUUUUUCUACUUACCUGAUCUGAUGAAUCCAAUGAAGAACUAUCGCUACUUCCACUUUCCACAUAAUCUCGGUCCAUUACGCUAUCAUCUGAGCCAUAUAUAUCACUAUUUUCACUUCCAGAAGUAUCAUAAAAAAAUAAUUUUCGCUUAGCUGCACGAGCACGUGGCUCCGCCAUUAUUAAAAAUGUGUGGCAAAUCCCUUUCUUGCCCAAAAAAUAUGCUACUUUUUCCUUUGAAGAAGAAGAAGAUUUUGAGAUCCUAGCGCCCUCUGUCGCCUGAACGCUAUAAUAUUUUUUGGGGACCACAGACAUCAAAUUUAUGAUAGAACGGUGAUCUAAUCUCGAUUUCGCCAAAAUGUGGCAUAUCCCAUUCUUCUGCCAAGGUCUUCAAUUAUCUAUGAAUAACCGUUCAUAUGGUUUCAACCAGUGUUCACAUAAUAAUACUAUUGUCGGGUUGCUUAAACUAUCAACUAUCUAAUAAAAUAUUCAACUCAGCUAACUUAUUUCUACUAGACUGCAUAUUUAUUAAAACUAUGGCGAAUUCGUUAUUGCCCUGAUUGGCUCUAAAAAAUUUAAAUUGGAAGUCUCAGGUGUGGACCUGGUAGACGGUUGUGUUUUAUUAACAACAUUUAAGAAUUCGCAUCUCUACUUAUUGUGGGUACAAAGAUAAAAAAAUUCCAUUUUUCUCCUUCAAAUUUAAUUUAACUUUAUUAGUUCUGCUAUAUUUUCGAAAUUCUUUUCUUUUUUUGCUUUAAUCAGACAGUUGAGGAGUAAAAAUAUACCUUCUGAGACCUUAUUUACCUUUUUGUCAAAAGAUUCAAAUUUUUGAAAAAAACUAUUAAUUCUUUUGGCAAUAACGAACUUGGCAGGAUGUCCUAAAAAUAUUAUAUUUGUUUGUGUACAAAAUUUAACUCUAUCCCAAAUAGCCUUAAUUUUUGGUAUUUUACCUUGUUGAAACUCAUUGGAUCCAGCCAAAACAAUUACAAAGUCAGACUUAGUGAAGUCCUUAACAAGUUGUUCCAUGUUAUGUAUAACAUCCACAUAAGGGGCACCAGGUUUAAUUAUACACUGCACACAAUAGUCUUGUUUAAACUUCUUUUCCAGCAAUCCGUUUAAACCUCUACCAGCUUUGUCACAAAGAAUUAAUAUUUUCCUCCUUUUGUCCUUUUUUCUGAGCACUUGUUCGGAGUGAGGUAUAUCAGAAUUAUUUUCUGGCUUUGCAUUAGCCUGUCCUGCAUUACCAUUAGAGUGUCGAUUAGUUUCUAAUGGUAAAAUGGCAUUUACAGAUUUUAGUUUGCAAAUUAUGUCCUCUAAUCUAUUAAUUUCACAAGAAUAUUGCUGAUAUUCACUUUUUAAAUUCUUUAUAGAUGUUAACAUGCUUUCUGACAUCUUACGAAGUUUAUCCAUAUCUGUUUCAUAAAACUGUUGUUUAACGUUGGUAACAGUUUGAAUACUAAGCAGUUUAAGCUGUAUUUCUUUGGUCUCUUUUAAAUAGGCUUGAUUAUCCUUUUCCAGCGUUUCUAUUGUGACAACCAUGUCUCUGUUAAGGGCAGUUAAUUCCUUUAUUUUUACUUCUAAAACCUGCUUUGCGUCCCUUGCAGAUUUUAGUUCAGCAUUUAUUUUUUCUUCACUGCUUUUUAUUUCCUUAAUUUCUUCUUCUAAUGCUGUGUUGCUUUUGCUUAAUUUUUUUAGUUGUAAAACCAGUGUUUUUUCCGCAUUGGAGACCUCUUCUUCAAAAACUUGACUGUUUCUCUUGAGCCUUUCUAAGUACUUAAUCCUUCUCUUGGAUUUUCUUUUCGAGCGAUUCUAUCUUUUUCUGAAGUGUCGACAGUUCAUCCUCUCGUUUGAUAGCAUUUUCCUGGUAGGCAAAAGAACAGAAAAUUCGAUAACCACCCAACUUGAUGAUGUGUUGAGAUUUCUCCAUACAGCUGGGGUGAAAUAUACUAUUGCACUCUAUGCAGCAAAAAUUUGUGAAAUCUUUAUUUCUGCAACAUUUAAAAGAUUUCUCCAUUAUGUUUUACUUCAAAAAUAAUGACCAAUAGAGUCUUACGCUAACGCUAUUUAGAUGUAGUGCGAAAAUGCCUAUGAGCGUCAAACCAUAAACACAAUAAUUUAAAUAUUAUCAGCUCAGAGCUUCUUAUCAGUUAAUCCCAUUGUUGUAAUUUUCAGUGCAAAUGAAUAUGAAUGGAACUCUACUAUUGUUUUCGGUUAGAAAGUAUUACAUCUUUUCACUAGGUUUGAUUUCAAUGACGGCACUACAAACUACACUUAAUAACAAAAAAGUAGAUGUAAAGCAGACAUUUAAAAAGACAGUAUAUGCAAGGUAAAAAGUCAAAAAACUAUGAAGCACGAAUCACGUUUACUUGGAAGGAUGGUGCAGUUCGAGUCACUCGAUGAUCUUGUUACUUCGUUUAUAGUGACAUAGGCUACUAUCAUCAAUAAUUAUUUUUAAUCUUGUAGGUUAAGUAUCGGAAAGAAGCAAAUCAAUGAUAAAGUCACCUGAUAUCACAGUUGUAGAUUGUGGGGGAUUCGUUUCGGCUUUUCAGCCGCUCAGUACUGCUACCUUUGCAGAUAUUUUGUACGUGACUCUACAUCUUAAGUUGUCUCCAGGAAGCGUAGACUUCUGCCGAAGGAAGCUAUUUUCCUGGGUGUCAGUUGGCCCACUUCUUCUGGCGACAGUGUUGCCCCCUCGAGGAAUGUGAGCCCCUUGCAGAAUUGGGCUGAACAUUCGCAGAGCAGGUGCUCUGCGGUCUCUAUUGCGUCUGAGCAGAAUCUGCAGAGAUCGUCUUCUGUUGAACAAUCCACUCGCAGAAUUGUCUCCAUGAUUUCCUUUUUGAUUUUCUUAAUUCACGGAUGUACUUGUCUAGGGCUGUUCUAUAGUCUGCCCAGUUGCCGUUAGUUUUUGCCUUGUUGAACAGUUUUCUGGCAUCUUGUUUCAGACGUCUCAGCAGCCCGUUCCACCUAGGCACAUCCCUGUGGACUGCCUUCUGUUUUACGGGACAACUGUUCUCAUAGGAAUCUUUUAUUGCAUUUGUUAGAUUGUCAGAUGAUGCCUCUAGCUCUUCUAUUGUAUUUAUGUCAGAAGGGAGUUCAUCUAGACUCAGGCAGAGACCCUCCACAAAGGAUACCCAGUUGGUGAGUUUUGGGAUUCUCGUCUGUACUGAGUGGUUUAUUACUGCCUCUAAGUCGAACCUUAUUGCUUGAUGGUUCCCCCCAAGUUAGCACAGAGUCUUUGAGGUCGAAAAUUUAGAUUCUACUCCACAGACUAUUCACAAACGACAUGCCCAAAUAUCAAUAGCUUCGGAAUACUUUCCAGCUACACCUACAGCCCUUUAUUUAUUACUUGCCUGCUGACCUGAAAAUAACAUAAAUUAUUCAGAUAUACAUUUACUCAUUUCGCCUGACAAACUCAUGACAUUGUCACAAGUUUUGUCUCAAAAGAAAACCAAAAAAAAAAAAAAAACAUGUCCGUAAAUUUUCAGAGUAGCUCUAUAAAAUCGGGCACAAGUGCCAAGGCAUCCAGCCUAGGCACAGCAGAUGUUAGUGGCAGCCGAAUAAUAAUACCUACAACUUACGGAGGUUUAGGAAUUAGAUUUUUUGAGCAACUAUCCACAGACGCCGAUAAAAUCCUACAAGUAGACACCAUCAACAAUAUAACGGAAACCAGAGGUUCGGUUAAAACACGAGCCGUACGUUUAGCAAUAGAAAUGACAGAAAGAGGCGUAGCUAAAAACGAUAUAAUUCUUAUAUCGAGUAAAACGCACGCGCAUCAGACUAUAGUGCUCGUGGCCGCAUUAUUUCUCGGAGCUAUCGUGUGUCCUAUAAGCCCGGAAUCGCCUUCGAAAGAGUGCCGCGAGUUGGUGAAAAAACUGAAACCCAAAAUGGCCUUUUGCGAUGGAAGAACAGUGAGUCAAAUCGACAAGGUCUUGACUACUCUAGAAAUCACUUGCGAAAUUGUUUGUUUCGGAAAUGAAAUGUUGGGUGUUACGCAGUUUUGUAAAUUGUUCCCGUUGAAAGAGGAGCCAGACUUUCAGCCGAUUUUCAUUGAUAAUCCGCACAAAGAAGUAGCGUUCAUCGUACCUACUCAAGGGACUUGUGCCGAUCCUAAGUUAGUUUGCUUAUCGCAUCACAACAUUUACUUUCAGUGCCUUCAUUUUAUGGAAAUCUGCGGUGACCCUACAAAAGUAGUUUCUUUUUUUCCUUUGUCCUGGCUGACGCAAACAAUAUUGGCAUGUUCCUCUUUGGAAUUCGGGAUGACAACAAUUAUGGCUACAAGUUUCAAUGAAAGAAGCGCUUGCAAGAUGAUUCAUGAUUUUCGUAUAGAUUGUGCCAUAUUGGGUACCGAAUUAGCUUUGAGGCUUUGCGGCAACGUGGCCGUAAACGAUUUCAAUUUAGAUUGCUUGAAAUGUGUGUUGGUUGGUAUUGUCAGUACUACCAAAGAAGAUUUUGCUUUUAUGCGACAAGUAUUGCCAAAAGUGAAAUUUUUACAAAUUUAUUCUUUAACUGAAACUGGUUUUAUUACUGCAGUGUCUUCGUUAAACUACGUUGAAGCUUUAGAAAAAUCCAAUUCAGUGGGUAAAUUAUUGAAAAAUUGCAAAGUUAAAAUUUUGGAUGCAGAAACCAAGCAACCAGUUGGGGCUGACAAUGUAGGCGAACUAUAUUACUACGGUGAUGGUUUGAUGUUGGGAUACUUUAAAGACACUGCAGCGACGAUCGCGCAAAUAGACAAGCGCUAUUUCAGAACUGGCGAUUUGGCUUGUUACGACGCAGACGGCUGGUUGUAUUUAGAGGGUAGAAUAGACGACGUGUUCGCCUUGGAAGGCCAACCAUUUAUUCCGACGAAACUGGAACAUUGCAUCGUCGCCCAUCCGCAAAUCCACGAUGCCGCCGUUAUAGGCAAUCAAACAGAACUCGUGCUUUGCGUACAAAAAAAGCCAGAAAGCAAAGUGAACUACGACAAUCUCAUGAUGUACUUGUUUAGGAAAAUGCCCGAGUUUAACAACUUGAUUUCGAAGAUUGUUUUCAUGGAUGAACUUCCCAGGACUAGUGUUGGCAAUAUUAAGAAGCGUUUGUUGAGGGAUCAGUUUUUGCAAGUCAAACUGGAGUAUACUACUAGUUUGGCCAGUAUCACUCCUACUAGUUGUAGUGCAGAUGAUGCAAUAAGUAAACCUGUGGUUUAAUCGUCAGUCUCAUUUUUUUUUUUUGUAAUAAACCAAUAAUUGCAAGUUACUACACUUUUUGGGUGUAUUUUUUUUUCAAAUUUUAUUUUCCUUUAUUUCAAAUUAGGGUUUGCAGAUGAUAUACUGGGUGUCUAAUUCGAUUAAGAUUGAAAUCCAGUCAGUAAGCAACAUUAUCAUUGUGCACAAAAAAUAAAUAAGUUAAUAAAUGGUACAAAAAAAGAUAAGCAACAAACAAAUUACAUGCAAAUUUAAGACUAGGAUAAAUACAACGACAGUUAAGUCAAAAUAUAACAUGCAUGCAACAGAAGCAAGAAGGCUUUAGUCCUAUAUAGAGACAUAAACUCAUCAACUGUAUAAAAUGCAUGUUGAAGUAGAGUGCUCCUCAAAUGGCUUCAAAACCGUGAAAUAUCUGAGAUGUUUCUGAUAGUUGCAGGAAGGUGAUUAUAGAAUUUCACGCUGUUGUAAAUUAUUGAGUUCUUCACAAGAGUAGAGUGCGGAAUCGGGAGCGGUAUAUUGUACGUCUGUCGUGUGGAAAAGGCAGUUUGGUGUACAGGGAACGUGUUUAUGUAAGAGACUUACCGAUUCAAGUAUAAAAAGACAUGGCAAUGUUGAGAUGUUAAAUUUUUCAAAUAAGGGUUUACAGUGUUCCACCGAGGUGGCACCAGUGAUAAAUCGCACUGCUCGCAUCUGAAGUUUAAACACUGAUUAAAAUAGGUAUUGGCUACAACAGCCCCAAAAAAGUAGUCCAUAGGAAAGGUGGGAUUGUAUCAAUGCAAAAUACACUGAUUUUGCUAUGGUUGCAUCCAAAUUUGUGGCCACAGCUCAGACACAGUAGCAACCACACGCAAGUUUCCCGCCAAGUUCAGUGACAUGCGAUUGGAAUUUAAGAUCAACGUCAAAUUGAAGUCCAAGAAAUUUAGUAUUUAGAGAGGAUUUAAUGGAGACUUCGUCACAAUCAAUAUCAUCAACGUUACAUAGGAACCCAAGCACCCGAGGCUCACCAAAGUUAAAAAGUAGUCCAUUUGCAUCACACCAACACUUAAUGGCCCCAGAAAUCACCUGAACCAGCUCACCAGAACUUCCCCGUGCCACACAACUGUUGAAUCAUCCGCGAACGCAAUGAAAACUCCUGAUACAUCAAGGUAGAGAAUAUCAUUGAUAUAGAUGAGGAAUAAUAUUGGUCCCAAGACUGAUCCCUGUGGAACCCCACGGACAAUUGGCUAAUUAGAACAACAUUUUCCAUCCAGGGUGACAAGCUGACUGCGAUGUGAAAGAUAUGAUUCGAACCACCUCGAGAUCACACCACUAAAACCGUAGAUCUCUAACCUCCUCAGAAGAGUUCUGUGACUCACACAGGCAAAGGCCUUUGAGAAGUUACAGCUAGAACACCCCCGCGGUAAUAAAGCCAUUGUUGUAGAGCUUCAGGAGUUGUUCCAGAACACGAAACAUGGCAUUGUGGGUACCCUUCUUAGGAAGGAAUCCAAAUUGGGCGGAGUUAAGAAUUUUAUGUUUUGAUAGGUAGUCCAUCAUACGUUUUUUCAGAAGUUUCUCAACAACUUUGGAUAUUGUUGAUAACAAUGAUAUUGGGCGAUAAUUUGAUGGCUCUUUUGUAUCGGUAUUACCAAUGCGUCCUUGAGUCUAGGUGAAAAAAUGCCCGAUGAAAAGUACAGGCUGAUUGCUUCCGAUAGAACACCAAGGGCCUGUUCCGGAAGUUCCCUCAAGAUUUUUAUGGAUAUACCAUCUGAACCGGCUGUGGACUGUUUUCUAAUGGAUUUAAGAACAAAUCAAAAUAUGCUUUAUUGUCAUAAAAACAAUUGUUGUAAACAAAGUCAUUCUUAAUACUAAAAAAUUAAAAAUAGAGAACUAUGACAACAAUAUAAAAAAAGCACUUACAACAAAGAAAUCGAAACUUAUAUCUAACCUAAAUACAAAAAUAUCUUAAAAUCAAGAACAAAAUUUACAUUAUUAUUUGAAGAAUCAGAAGUCAAGCCAUAAAACCUAAUCCAGAAAUCCCAUGAAUAGUCACUGGGGCAUUAUGAAAAACUAGUCAAACCUGUCAGCAUAAAAUUUGCCUAAGCUGUAGUAGGCUUUGGUCAUUAAAGUCCUUCUUAAAUUAUUCUUAAAAAUCCUAAGAGUGGGAGAUCUCCUUACACUGUGUGGUAAAUGGUUGAACAUUUUGAACCCUUCAUAAAUUAUAACCUUCCUAAUAAGAGCUGAUAAGGGAAUAGGAAGUCGCAAGUGCAUAUGCUGACGGGUCACAUAUUCAGAACAUUGAUUGGCAAAUUUUUCCCUAUUCGCAAAAAUCAGACUGGCAGUCUCCAAGACAUACAAACAAGUGAGCGUCAGAAUUUCAUUUUCAACAAAAAGGGGUCUGCAAGAUGUUCUUGGUGAUACUCUGUAAAUAUAUCUCACGGCACGCUUCUGAAUCACAAACAAAGAGUUAGAGUUAAGCAGGA